AUGGUACUGGCGGCUUCACCUUUCCAAGUUACCUUUCAUCGUGCAUUCGACAUGACAAGAGACUUGGACGAAGCCCUUGAGGCUCUUCGGGCCAUUCGUGGAGUGAAUCGCGUCUUAACCAGUGGAGGAGCUCCAUCUGCCCCGGACGCUGUCGAAACCAUUGCCCACCUCAUGGGGACCACCGGCGAUAGCAUUUCUAUUAUGCCAGGCUCUGGUAUCAAUCAACACACUGUAGGAAACCUAGUAUCAUCCCUUCCUAGGGGUAGUGUGAGAGAGGUGCAUCUGAGCGGUGGAGAGUGGAAACCCGGGCAAGCAAUCUGGCGAAAGAUUGGGAUGGGUAUGGGAGCACCAACGGAUCACGAAUGGGACAUUUGGAGAACGUCUGCAAAUAAAAUUAGAGCACUUGUUCUCGACCACGAUGUUCGGACGCGUAGCAUUACGCGGGACACAUUCAUGUAUCCACGGAACCAAUAUGAAGGUUUCGCAAUGUUAGUAAAGCCCAUCACCUGGUUCCAUACGAUGCUCAGUGCCUUUACAGCGGUUGCGCGACUACGUCCCAUGUCGACAAAAAGACUGCAGGACGCAGUUAAAUACCUUGAAGCGACGGAUCUCAUUGAAACAGGGCGGAUCAGACACCCGCAUCUGAAUCCCGAAGCGUUUUCUGAAAGGUUGCGCGGACGAGAACCUGAGCUGGAAGCCUUUGGUGCGCCAGAAGAGAGUCGCGAAGAACUUGUAUCACGCCAAACUCGGUUCAGAAGGCCUACUAAGCAAUCGAAACAAUGGAGUGCUGAGUCGCGGCGGCAGUGGAUCGAGCAAACGCCAAAAACCGCGCCGGAGUUGCGGGAUGUAGCAGCAGAGGAGGAGGCAUUCCUAGCAGAUGCUGCAUCUUUUCAUUCGCGAUCCACCAGGCGUAUGCGAAAGCCGGCCAAGGAUAUCGAAGGAGCCGAAGCAGUCGCUGAGGCUCGCCCGCGGAAAUUCAGGACUCCGAGGCCAGCUCAAGUCAACGCUGGUAAUCUUUCAGACCCUGUCGCUCUGGCAGCCAAAGCACAGUCGGCCAACCAAGCAGUCCAACGGAGCGGUGGACGCAGGCGGCGUCGUCGCCAAGGCGUCAACCUAUUUGGUGAAAAUGAAGGAAAGGACGACAAAGAAAGCUUGAUGCAGGGCGAGGAAGAUCUCGGAGAUCUUGAUCCCGACACCAUUCGGAUGUUCCGGCAAAUGAACGCCUGGCGAAACCCUGUGGUUGCAGAGGAAGAGGGCAAGCCGGCACUCUUCCAUCAUGUUAAGACUGGAUACGAUCUUUAUGCCGAAGCUCGAACGGAAUUUCGCCUCAACGAUCAUACAACAACGGUAACGGUCAAUUCGCCGACUGCACCACUGUCCAACAGCAUCGGAGGGCCAGAGGGAGAGUACAAAUUCUUCUUACCGGAACAUAUCCAAGGACUGGCUGGCCAAGAUUCGUCAUCCUUGCCGCCAGAGGAUAUUGUGAGGCUCGCGCUUGUGCAAUCAGCCGACUUAUCGCCCAUGCACAAGGAGGCUCUCGCCGCUACGGUUCGAGAGUUCAUCACAAAGACUACAACGAACAAGGCGAGGGCUUGA